CCGAGCCCACAGCCCUUUUCAGUGAACGUCUCCCAGCUCCGAGGGCUGAGAGAAAGGAAGAGUGGGUGCUGGAGUAAGACUGCCAUGGUAAUGGGGCUGUCUGGGGAGUUCAGAUCAGGAGCCGUGCAGAGGUCAGAGCGUGGUGGAGAGAAGGAGCAGGCAGGGGCUGAUGGCAGACACUAGACAGGCCAGAGGGCCCAUGGGCUGUCCAGGUGUGCCACAGGAGAGGCAUGCAAGGUGAAGGGCUUAGCCUCUGCCAAGGCCUGGGCCCAGGCUGGAGGGUCAACUGUGGGCCCAGGACUCUCCCUCUUGGCACAUUGUGAGGGAGACCCCCAGCAUCAUUGUGACCCGCUUACCCCCAGUAGCCUCUGGGACAGGCAGGCGGGCCGGUAGAUACUGUGGGCACAGAGGGCUGGGGGCCAAGGGGCCCCGGUGGCCCUAGGGACCCCCAUGGCUAUGGCUGAGUGGCCACAACCCGGGUGGGCUUCGUAUCACAGCCCCAACACCAACAACUGCCAGGACCUGGGCAACUCCUUCCUGUUGCUGCUGGGCCUCAUCAUCUGCAUUAACAUUGGCAUCAAUAUGGUGACACUGCUCUGGUGCAGACUCCGUGGCUUCUUACACCAAGUGUUCCAUAUUGUUUGUGAGAAAGAAGCUUCUAAGUCAUCCUCACCUGGGAAGCAGACCCAGCUCCCGAAGCAGAGCUUCCCUGCAGUCCACCUUCGAUGCACCAUGGACCCUGUGAAAAUGACCGUGACCCCUCCACCCACUCGCCGCUAUCACCAUCGAGGCUCUUCAGCGUGCCGUGCCCACUGCCCGGUAGCCUGGGCCCCAGACACUGACAAUGACGAGAAGCCCCCACAUCAGCACCCAGCAAUCUGCUCCCACAACUGGGAUCACCCUAAGGACUGGAAAGGCUUCCAACCCACCUGGGGGUUCUGGGCUCCCUGGGCCCAGGACACUGUGGAACCACCUCCCCAGACCAUCCGCUUCCAGCAGACCAUAGAGGAAAGACCCCUCAAAAGAGAGAUGCGGUCAGAGCUGGGCCUGGAGGCCUAUGUGUAUCCUGUGAACCCCCCACCCCCCAGCCCUCAGGCCCCGAGCCACAAGAACAGUGGAGGCAGGGCGGGGGCGGGGGCUGAGGCAGAGCAGGAGCAGUGCUUGCCAGCCCCACCAGCCCCGCCACCCAUCCGAGGCCCAGCGAUCGUCCCAGACAUCCCCCAGCGCCACUCCUCAGGCCGCAUAGUGUAUGAUGCCCGCGAUGUGAGGCGGCGGCUUCGAGAGCUGACCCGAGAAGUGGAGGCCCUGUCCCACUGUUACCCCCUGGCCUCUGGAUCCAGCACUGCUGAGGGGAUGGACAAGGACUGGGUAUACCAUUCCCUGGCAGAGAGGUGACUGGGAAAAGAAUAAAAAGGAGAGAGAAGGUAGUUUGUGGUAGUGUGGGGGAUGUCAGAGCCCACACAGCACCCAGAAGCCCUAGUUGCUAAGGGAAUGAUCUCCCUGGCAACAGGGCCUAGAGAGCCCCAAGGACCCUCAUCAACUCUUGGCCUCCCCAGGCCCUGUCCUCAGCCCUUUCCCAGACCCUUCAUGGUUGUAAGACUCCUACCUGACUCUACUCUGUUUUCUUUAGUGCCCAGAGAAGCCUCCCAAAUCCCACCCCAGAUCCCCAGGCACUCUUUUACUAGAUGGGGAACCCUCAUCCCCAUGGCCCUAGCUCCUCAGAGGUCUCGUUCCUGCCAGAGCCCAGGUUUAGGCUGCAGCUAGGGGUGAGACAUGGUUCCCUCUUAAGCCCUGGUUUCUUUGAGGAGGGAUGGCUGAAGGUCAAGGCAUCCAGUCCCUCACAGUUCCCCAGUCAGAACCUGAAGCUCCUGUACCCUCAAGCAGGCUUGGAGCUGAGGAAGAAAUACUGGGGACACACUCAAGGGCUGCCUCACGAUAACAUCACAGCCCUCUGUGACCUCACUCCUCUAAUUAGCACCUCCAUGUCACAAAUGAGUAGACUGAGGCUCAGAAAGACCAAGUGACUUAUUCGUGGUCACAAGGUCACCAAGGAUCAACUUCACGACCUCAGAUGCUCCAUCCCCCUGCUCCCACAGGUAGAUUCCCAUUGCCACUGAGUCAGCCUGGCCCAUCGGAAUCUCCCACCUUCAGUCUGCCAUGUGAACUCAUCAGAAUACCGCAUCCACUGGACAACAGGAAAACCCAGGCUCUACCCUACUUCUAGACAAUUGGAAUCACACAUGCAUGCACACAUGUACAUGUGUGUGCACAUACACACCUUGGGAACAAGGAGCCAUGUGAGUGCGCAUAGGCUGAGGGAGCUGGACCUCACCUGCCAUACCAGCUGGGUUUCUGGAAUGUACCCAGGAUAGGUACAGGCCUUUUGUGAAUCGCCCAGCUUGUCUGAUCAUUUUCAUUCAGCUAACGUAAUUGAUCAUUUUAAGCUGAUUCCAUUCAGUGAGUAUGCAUUGAGCACCUCCUAUGUGUUUGGAGGCUUGAUGGGAAAUGUCCACUGGCUGUUCCUUUAUUUAUUUAUUUUUUAUUGAGGUAACAUUGGUUUAUAACAUUACAUAGAUUUCAGGUUUUAUCACCUGAAUUAUAAUUCAACUUCUGUAUAAACUACAUCGUGUUCACCACCAAAAGCUGUUUCUCUAUUCUGCUGAGUUGUUCAGUGUGCAAACAAAUGACUUGAGGUCCCCAGGGCACCAUUUUCACAGACCCCAGUGAUGAGCCUGGUUUAAAUCGAAGACUCCUUUUGUCAUAUCAACAAUUACGUCUAUUUUGCGCUUUGUGAAUUUCAUGUGGUUUGCUUAAGGUGGCAGCUAGCAGUUUUUCAACUUAGAAGGGUGGUUCAGUGGGAGGGCAUUUGGUUAGGAUGGAGAGGGGUGGUCCCUGGCAGAGGCAGCAACCCCAGCAAGGUAGAAGUCAGUCUUGCUCUGAAGUGAAGGGGCCAAUGGGCUCAACGACCACCAGCACUGAGGGCUGCAAUCCCUGGCCAGAAAGGGGUGGGUAGAGUGGGUGCUAGAGGGAUUAUGACAGGGAAAU